AUGCGGUUUCUCAAAUCCUCUUUCAACUAUUUUCGGUCCAUUGGAAGGAAGCACUCAACAACUGCCCCCCGAACAGUCGCUCUGAUUCCGGGAGAUGGUAUUGGGCCUGAAAUCUCCGCUGCUGUGCAAGAGAUUUUUAAAUUUGCCGAUGUUCCCAUUGAAUGGGAUCCCGUGGAUGUGACCCCACAGCCCUGCCCAGAUGGUCGAUUCCGCAUGCCCCAGGCUUCACUGGACACCAUCCGUAAACAUGGUAUCGGUUUGAAGGGUCCGUUAGCCACACCGAUAGGAAAAGGCCAUCAGUCGCUGAAUCUCGCUCUGAGAAAAGAGUUCAGCUUGUACGCAAACGUCCGGCCGUGCAAAUCAAUCGAGGGCUACAAAACUGCGUACGAUAACGUCGAUCUGGUGACAAUCCGUGAGAACACAGAAGGCGAGUAUUCCGGGAUUGAGCAUGUGGUUGUCGACGGCGUUGUACAAAGCAUCAAGUUGAUCACCGAACAGGCCAGUCGACGUGUGGCCAGCUUCGCUUUCCACUACGCGAAGCAGAACGGACGGCAUACAGUCACAGCAGUACACAAGGCGAACAUCAUGAAAAUGUCCGACGGCCUGUUCCUCCGGGUUUGUCGUGAAGAGGCGGCGAAACACAAGGAGGUCAACUUCCGUGAAAUGUUCCUUGACACAGUCUGUCUAAAUAUGGUCCAAGAUCCGACCCAGUUUGAUGUCCUUGUCAUGCCGAACCUCUACGGUGACAUCCUCAGCGACUUGGCUGCAGGCCUAAUUGGCGGUCUCGGGGUCACUCCCAGUGGCAACAUUGGUGAAUCCGGUGCCAUUUUCGAGUCGGUUCAUGGUACCGCUCCAGACAUCGCAGGUCUGGAUAAGGCCAAUCCGACCGCGUUGCUGUUUUCCGCUGUGAUGAUGCUACGUUACAUGGGUUUGAACGAACACGCCAACGUAAUUGAGAAAGCGGCUUUUGCAGCGAUCCGCGAAGGCAGGGGUGGAGAAAAACUGAAAAAAGCCCUGGUGAAGGAUGAUCUGUGGGAGGUUGAACGAGUUCUGUCAGACCAUCCAGAUGUGGGGAAGUUAAUUGCUUCGGAACCACUCCAAAACAAUGUGUCAACCAUGCUGCUCCGUCCAACUGAUAUGCGAAAAAUCAGUGAAUAUCUCAUUGUGAACUUUUUGGAUCCGGACGGAGCGCUAACACAAUCUUUUGUCAUGCUGUUGGAACUCCGGAUGUCAACUCCGACCAAAGACCGAAGUACAAAUGGAUGGACACUUCAACCGUGUGACACCGAGGUUGCUCGCAUUCACUUUGAACACUGCGUUGGCUACCCAUGGUGUUUAUUGCAAUGUUGGCGGGAUAGCUUCGAUGAGUGGAACUUCACCUCUAAAUGUAUGGAAACCCUGACGCCAUUCUGGGUACUCCACAGGUUCAGAACAAUUGCUCCUCAUUCCACAGAUUCAACCGGGAUCGAUCCGCCAUCUUUACGCGAAUGUUGUCGGAUUUCUAUACGCACCUAUUUGAUAAAACUACAAAGAGAUUUCGACAGACGCGACGAUUACCUCAGCAUGGUUAGGCGCUUGCACCUCCCGCCCGAUCUAUACGACUUCCUCGUUUUCAAGGAGCUGUGGCCCGGUGAAAAUUCCCGUCUACCUCCACCUCCUAAGGCGUUAAAUACCAAAGUACACCCUGAUGGAAUUUACAGAAGAUGGGCUUGGGACGAAUUUAUCUGGAUGUGGGAAGCAGCACUAAAAUGCAGUGACUAGCUCGAGCGUGGUCAGUUCACUCGCUAUCUCCAUCGACAUGCCAUCAAGUGUGCCCCGUUACUUUGUAAAAGCUUACUGCCUUUCUGAAAUUCAUGAUAAACAAAACCUCGAAACACAGUUCUUCUGUACUUACCUUGAGCAUGUUACUUAUAUAAGGCUGAGGGAGACUCACAGUGACGAAUAUACUCUCAUUCGCG